AUGCAUUUUCUAUCAGUACUUGUUCGACGUGGGUUUGCUAUCACGCUUUGUUUUGUAAGGGACGAGCUUGAUGCACCGGAGACUGUAGAGAUUGGCUCGGGAAGAGUUUCCAGAUGCCGGGGAGAUGGCUCUAGAAGGAGAAAGAGAGCGACUAUCUACGAUCACAUUGGCGACAAUGGACCCCUGAAAGCCAAUACUUCGUAUACAGCUUUCCUGAGGGUGUAUGUCAUAAUGGCAAAUAGGGAAGUGUACUUCUCAAGCUCGUUCAUGUCGCCUCACAAAACAGCAGUGCCUGAGACAACAGGUACACCUACUACCAUGAUCAUCAUCAUAUCUGCCUCCGGUGCUUUCUGCCUGUUCCUCAUCAUUUUAGUCAUCAUGUGUGCUGUGAGGAUUAGGGCGAAGCGCCGUACAAAUAAUAACGAGCCAGACAACAGGGACAUAGAAUUGAGUGGAGUUUGCCACGGAACUCCAGUGGAAGCGAAAGGUAUAGAUAGUCCAGUGUACGAAGACGUAGGGCUGCCGGCCUGGGCUGCCAAAUGGCAGAUUACAUGGAAUAACCUGCUCAUUGAAGACCGUGUACUCGGAGGUGGAUUCUCUGGGGAAGUGAGAUCCGGAAAAGUUAAAAAGGGCGGAAAAACCACCCCAUCGGCUAUCAAGAUUGUGAAAGGGCGUGUCUCCCUGAUAGAUAAUCGAGAUUUUAUGGAUGAGUUUCGUAACAUGACCAACAUCGGCCACCAUCCCAAUAUUGUAGCACUACUUGGUGCCUGUUAUCAUGAAGAUGUCCUGUACAUCGCAAUGGAGUACCUUCCCAACGGUGAUCUGCGCAGCUACCUGCGCACGGCUCGCGCGCAGUCCGAGUCGGGUGGGGGCGCCCUAUCUUCGGGCCAGCUGAUCAGCUUUGCCCUGGAUGUUGCCAAGGGGAUGAAGCACCUCGCCAAGUCAAAGGUAAUUCAUCGCGACUUGGCAGCCACCAACAUUCUACUAGGGGAGGGUUUGGUGGCCAAGGUGUCUGACUUUGGAUUGUCCCGAGAAGAGGAUGUCUAUGUCGAGACGUAUACUCUCCGUAUUCCAACUCGCUGGCUGGCCAUUGAAUCCCUGACCCAUCAAAUCUACACAACCCAAAGUGAUGUGUGGUCCUUUGGAAUUCUCCUGUGGGAAAUCGCCACUUUCGGUGGAACUCCCUAUGCAUCUAUUAAGGGCAUGUCUUUGGUAGAAAGACUCGAGUCAGGAUACCGCAUGGAGCAACCAAGUAACUGCGAUGAUGAAAUCUAUGCUACGAUGCUGCAGUGCUGGAGUGAGGAUCCCAAGCAAAGGCCUACCUUCGCGAGCCUGGUUACUACUCUCGGGAAGAUGGCCCAAAAUGACAAACGACAGUCAUGCAUUGCGGUUGACCCAGCCUACUACGAAAAUUUCAUCAUCCGACCGGAGUUUGACGAUAACUAAUCCUACGAAUCUACUGGAUAUACUCCAAGGCGAAAGUUACAUUUCGCUUAUACCCACUCUCGCUUAUACCUGUGACGCCCCAACUAUGGCACCGUGCCAACUAAAGUUUGGACAGUCCUAAUUGUUUGUUGGGGCAGUCUUUAUCAAAAGUUUUUUUUUAUAGAGAAUUUUAACUCACUUACGCAGAAUUGUUUAUAUGACUUCGCAUUUCUUAAGCAACAUUUAUAUCUUAACACUCGUUUAUGCACGAUUGUAAGAACACGAAUGUAGUUGAAUACUUUUUUACGCAGAAUCAGCAUUUGGUACGUCGUUAAUGUGGAAUUGUAAAUAUACAGGUAUCGUUUUUACUGAAUACUAUGGUAAAAUGUUUUUGAAGUGCAUGCCAUGAAUCGAUUGGGUUAUUCUCUAAACAUUGCCUAAUAUUUUUGAGACCUCAUCUGAGAGCAUGAUUAAAAUUACAUGUAUAAUAUCGACAUCGUUCGCGCGUCAUUAUUAUCAAAGUAUGAAUUUGUUUAAACACAAUUAUUGUUUGAAUACUUCGUUUACGCAGAUUUACUAUUUGCAUAUAUUAGUCAUACACAAGUUUAUCUGAGUACUAAUUUAGAAUAUCGUUUGAGUUCAUGGGUUAUAUAUUUACGUAAAAUACUAUUUUUUUGGUAAUUAUUUCCCUUGAGUACAAAUAAUCGGUGACCCUACGCAAGUUUUUUUGUCUUGGUGAUUCGUUUACAAAUAACUGAUAAUUCCUUACCUUGUUUAAUAUUGUUUCUUUAACUUGCUAUCUCCCUAUACCCCAUUAAAAACAUAUCUUGUUUAAUUGUUUACCCAGAAUGUGGCAUGAGUAAUUGAUGAUUUUUACACGGAUUUUAAAUUACUUCUUUUAAUGAGGAUAUUUGAA